AGCAGAUUUAACAAGGGAGUUCAUUAGCUUUGUUCAUUCUUUGGCUGUGUCUCAGACGUUUCACAGAAACGUGCAUUAGUGCAACCAUGACUCCAAUCUGGAAAUGCAUUUUUAUUUCUCUUACUUUCUUCAAACUUAGCAGCGCUAUAGAUCAUGUCCCAGUACUCAUUUGGUCAACUAAUAGUUCGCUAUGGAACAGAAAUACAGCUGAACAUGAAGGACAUAUAAUGUCAAAGCAGGAACUGAAUAGACUACUGCAACCGAUUUAUACACAGGCUUCUGAAAACCUUGUGCUGUUUCUUCAAGAUAAGCUGAGUACUGAUGACUUCACACGUUACAGCAGAGCUCAUGGAGACGAACACCCUUUCCAGAGCGUGCAGGCAAGCAUGCCCAUGCCAUAUGGGAUUUUCUUUCAGUUUUUUUUCUUAGUGCACACUGCAGAUUACAAUUUUGUGAAAGUACAACUCCAAACUUUUGAUCAGCUAUGCAGCAAAUGCAAGAUGUCAGCAGUUUUAUUUAAGCUGUUUACUAAACUCUGACUAUAAAGUUGGCUUCCUGCCCAUUGAGAACAUAUCGGUUUUA